GAGCAACGGUUGCGCUAUUUGAAGCAGCAGGAGCGACGGCAGCAGCAGACUGUGUCUGAGACCGAGAAACUACAGAGGUUAAAGGAGAGGGUGGAGAGUCAGGAAGCCAAACUCAAGAAGAUCCGUGCCAUGAGGGGCCAAGUGGACUACAGCAAAGUCAUCAAUGGCAACCUGUCCGCAGAGAUCGAGCACAUCAGCGGGCUGUUCCAGGACAAGCAGGCAGAGCUGCAGGCAGCCGUCUUGAGGGUGGAUCAGCUCAGCCAGCAGCUGGAGGACCUGAGGAGAGGCAAACUAAAUGGCUUGCAGACCUUCGGAGGUCAGGUCACUGGCACCGCUGCCCUGGAGCUCCGCAAACUGUACCAGGAGCUGCAGAUACGCAAUAAGCUGAAUCAGGAGCAGAACAGUAAACUUCAGCAGCAGAAAGAGCUGUUGAAUAAGAGAAAUGUGGAGGUGACACUGAUGGACAAGCGUAUCAAUGAGCUCAGAGAUCGACUAUACAAGAGAAAAGCUGAGGCACGUCAAAAAGAAAACCUUCCACUGAAUAGAGUAAACGGUCCUCCCUCUCCCCAGCCGGCUCCCGGAAACACCGGCCGUGUGGCUGCUGUGGGACCCUACAUCCAGGUCCCGGUACCAGGCAGGCAGGAGAGUUAUGUAGUGCCCCCUGAACCUCUCAAACCUCAGUCACUGGGUGUUAACACCCCAGCCAACCAUGCCUGCUCCAAAUCAGAUGGAGUGAGAAAGCCUCCCGGCCCCUGGAAGGUCUCUGAUUUAGACAUCAUAGUGGACCCGAUUGCUCCACCCCCUCCAGAGCCCCGCCCAGGCCCUGGGGCUCCACCCCCAGUCACCGGCUCUGCGGCAGGGUCGGACAGCGCUUCUCCAAAUGAUGCCGGUUGGCCCACCCUCAACAAGAGCAACACAUCAGUCAAAGCACCUGACUGGAAGGAGUCUGGAACAGACACGACCAUUAAAACAGCAUCACCUGCAGGCACUCCUGGAGAUAAGGAUUCCAGUCAAAUGGGCUCAGCUCCUCCUCUCAAUAAGCCCCAGCCUCCCCCAUACGGAGCCCAUACCAGCAACCACCCCCUCUCAUCUGCCAACUCGGGUUCCACCAGCUCUUUGGACCGACGCAAGGAUGUUCCUCUCAGACCGGUGCCCAGCCUACCCACCAACCCACUGCCGCAGCUGGCCUGGCCCCGUGUUCCCCCUGCACCCACCGGCUCUUCCUCUCAGCAGAUCCAGCAGCGCAUUUCUGUGCCCCCCAGUCCCACCAUCCAGCCCAGUCCACCCUUUUUCCCCCCCAGUGAGAGGCCAGACCCUCCUCUGGCUGUAGCGGUAAGGCCGUUCAUCCCAGAUAAGGGCUCCAGACCGCAGUCACCCAGAAAAGGCCCAGCCACUAUGAACUCAAGCUCCAUCUACCAUAUGUACUUACAACAAGCAGCCCCCAAGAACUACCCUCUGAACAUCAAGCCCGCAGUCAAAGCAGUAUAUGGUAAGCCAGUCCUGCCUCCCAGCUCUACUCCCCCCUCUCCCUUACUUUUUGGGGGCUCUGGGGCCUUUCCUGCCCUGCAGGGUCCAGGAGGAGACAUGUUGGAUGUUGAGCUGGACUUUGAUGGUCAAAUUAUGGGUGUUCCUGAGCCACCCCCACCCAACGUAGACAACAUCCCGCGACCUCUCAGCCCCACUAAACUCACACCCAUGGUGCACUCCCCUAUGCGCUACCAGAGCGAUGCUGAGCUGGAGGCCUUGCGCAAGAAACUGGCCAAUGCUCCACGACCGCUUAAGAAACGCAGCUCGAUUACGGAACCAGAGGGUCCCAAUGGGCCUAACAUCCAGAAACUUCUCUAUCAGCGGUUCAACACCCUGGCUGGAGGGAUGGAAGGAGGAAUGGGCGAUGUGAGUGGAGGUGGAGGAGUGACUCCAUUCUACCAGCCCUCCACGGCCACAGGUGAAAUGCUCUUUGAUGUAGACAAUGGGAAUCAACCUUCAGAAACACCCAUCGUGCCCUCGGAGGGCUCUGUUGCUGAGGAUGUUAUCCCGCAAGGUGAUGCCAAUGAUAAUGAGCCCCCAGAGCAAGUGGCUGAGAUGCUGACCCCUCCAGCACCAGAACCGUCAGAAGAGAAUAACAAUAAUCCUGGAGAAACAUUAGCAAUUUUGCCAAGUCCUGUAGCUGAGGCCAACACACCUGAAGAAGCAGACACCUGUCCCUCAUCCCAGCCCAUGGGCAAACGCACGAACCUAAAGAAACCCGACUCGGAGCGGACGGGUCACGGCCUUAGAGUGAAGUUCAACCCACUCGCUCUGCUGCUGGAUGCCUCACUGGAGGGCGAGUUUGACCAUGUACAAAGGAUAAUCUAUGAGGUUGACAAUCCCAGCACCCCUAAUGAUGAGGGCAUCACACCCCUCCAUAACGCAGUGUGUGCCGGACACCACCACAUCGUCAAGUUCCUGCUGGACUUUGGUGUUAAUGUGAAUGCAGCUGACAGUGAUGGCUGGACGCCCUUGCAUUGUGCCGCCUCCUGUAACAGCGUGCACCUGUGUAAGAUACUGGUGGAGUCUGGUGCUGCCAUCUUUGCCACCACUAUCAGCGAUGUAGAGACGGCAGCAGACAAAUGUGAGGAGAUGGAGGAGGGUUACAUACAGUGCUCACAGUUUCUCUAUGGUGUGCAGGAGAAGUUGGGAGUGAUGAAUAAGGGAGUUGUGUACGCGCUGUGGGAGUAUGAGGCUCAGAGCACAGAUGAGCUUUCCUUUCAGGAGGGUGAUGCCAUUACUGUCCUACGCAGGAAGGACGAUACCGAGACAGAGUGGUGGUGGAGUAAACUCAAUGACAAAGAGGGCUAUGUGCCACGGAACCUAUUAGGGCUUUACCGCAGAAUAAAACCAUGUCAGAGGUCUCUGGCGUAACUCUCUCGUGGGUGACCGACCGGACUGAUGUCUCGAGGUGUUGAACCUCCGUCUUUCACCUCUAUGUGCCACUUGGACCACAGAAGGGCUGAAGCUGCUAAACCCUGAACCUGGAGGCACUAUUAACCGCACUACUCAAACACACUCUCCAGCGAGCACCAGGCCAAACAAGCAGCCUCAGGUUUCUCUGUCUGCCCCCAUCAGCUCAGCCACCAGGCCUCCGUAUCUCCCACUCCACUCCUCGCACGCUCUCUUGUAUCCAUGUUAAAUGUAUUAUAGCUGUACAUCACACUUUGGGGAUCAAGCACUAAUCACUGACACGAGCUUUUCUCUAUUUGUAGUUGCUUACCCAUGAUGCUUUGCAGAGAAGACCAAGGCAGGCUGUGCUCUUUGUCAGAGAGAGAGAUUCUCUAUACUUGGAAUUGAACUGGAUGAAUGAGAGCUGAGGUUAUGUAAGCUUAAAACAAAGGACUUGUGUGUGAAUUUUAUAGCUUAUAUCUACAAAAACGAGUGUAUAAACUGGAAGUAUAUGAGAGCAGAGAACAAAAUAUAAAUAGUUUGCGAUUAUUCUGAUCUAUGACUGAGGAAUCCAAUAAACUGAUGGGCAUGUAUAUGAUUCAUAAAGGUGCAUAUAAGUGAAAGUGUAUGUGUUGCGUAUGGGAUUUAUGUAUGAGUGUAAUAUUUUUUUUUCACUGCAGUGAGCAUCAUACAGAAGAGUGAAGUGCUGAGAAGAGUUUUUCACAGCAUAAGAGUGUUUUGAAGAGUGUGUGUGUGUGUGUGUGAAGUGUUAGAAAGAUUGAGAUGAACCAUCAGAACCAUCAUUUAUGAAAUCAGUAAGUAUUUAGCUUACGGUGAUUGACACUAUACGUUUUUGUCAGUUUGUUGUCUGUAGAGGGUUUGGCUAGAGUUCCAUGGCUCUGAUGAAUUAAGCUGAAAAUUUUCUCUGCAUUUACAUUUAUUUUAAACUUUU